CAGAUAAGGCGGUGUUCUUAUUCUUCAGGAAGGCCUUUGAACGAGCAGAGCCCAUCCAGAUUUUCUCCUCCUCUUUUCAUCCCACUAUGGCCGCCGCCGCCGGAGUCGGCCUUAUAUCACCUUCCGGUGCCAUCUCAGCCACCAAAACUCAAAGCUUUUCCCUUUUCCUCUCUUCCUCUCACCCUGAACUCAAACGGUUCUGUUUCCAAACCUCCCUCCGAUUAGUUCGCCUCUGUCCCAUUAUCUCCCUCGCCUCACCUCACCGCCGCGUCUUCCCUUCCUUAUCCGCUACCGCUCCAUUCAUAGAAUCGUACAGAGAAGAAGAACUGCUCGGUGCUGAAGAAGAACCGCUCGGUGCUGAAGAGGCCCAGGUCGUGCAGAAGCGAGAGCUUACCCCUCGUUCAAGCUCGAGGGAUGCUGGACGGCUCUAUGUUGGUAACCUUCCCUUCUCCAUCACUUCCUCAGAGCUUUCUGAGAUUUUUAGCCAGGCCGGCACGGUCGAAACAGUCGAGAUAGUCUACGACCGUGUAACCAACCGAAGCCGAGGGUUCGGGUUCAUCACCAUGGCCAGCGCCGACAAAGCCAAUGAGGCCAUCCGGAUGUUUGAUGGUGCUCAAGUGGGAGGCCGGACUUUGAAGGUGAAUUUUCCGGAGGUGCCUAGGGGAGGUGAACGGGAGAUGAUGGGGCUGGGUCCCAGAGCGGUGUCCAUCGGAUACAAAGAUAGCAGCUAUAAGAUUUAUGCUGGAAAUCUUGGGUGGACAGUUACAUCAGACAUACUCAGGGAUGCAUUCUCAGCGUGUUCUGGACUUGUUGGAGCCAAAGUUAUAUAUGAGAGAGAUUCGGGCCGGUCGAGGGGAUUUGGAUUUGUCAACUUUGCCUCGGCUGAAGACUGCCAGGUGGCAUUGCAAACCAUGGAUGGAAAGAUGGUGGCCGGUCGGCCUCUGCGAUUGAGUCUUUCUUCUGAGAAGACUCCAUCUAUGGGCAUGCCAUUGGUGGGUUCAGCCAAUGCUAUUCCAUAGGGAUACUGAGAAGAGAGAGAUUGGUGAAGACUAGGAGAGCUCCUUAGAUUCAUGAUGCAUGAUCAUUUUUUUGAAGAGUAGUUUCUAGAAAUCUUAUAUUAUAUGUAAUCAUGGAUAUUAUCAUUGUAUGAUAGUAAAAAAUUAUUUAAUUUAGUCAUGAUAUCAUGAAUUGGCCAAAUUCUCCUUUU